CCCGGUAGUUGAGUAUGACAAAGUGAAGUCGGAAGAAAUAGCACGUGUGUUCGUUAAGAUAAAUGCUCAGUUAAAUGGAAGCCCGCGAAUCUCCAGUCUUAAAACGGUGUAAGUUUUGGUGUGUCGCCCAUAUGCCUGAGAUCCAUCUGCUACCUCACAGUCGGAUCUUCGAUUCAUGAGUCCACAUUUACAGAGUCAACAACGACACCUGCUUAUAAAAAUGAACGCAGCUACAGAUUACUUGAUGUUAUCACUGAUUGCAGCAUCUCUCGGGGCAUUUCUGGCCCUGUAUGCGUACUUCAAAUAUUCAUAUUCUUACUGGAAAAAUAAAGGUGUAAUGUAUCUUGAACCUUCAUUUCCAUUUGGAAAUAUUGGAGAUGCCAUAAUGCAAAAGAAAACCGGUGGAUUAGUAUUUCAAGAUAUUUAUAAUAAACUUGAAGGUCAACAGUAUGGCGGUACAUUUGCCUUCAGGAGACCAAUGUUUGUAAUUAGAGAGCCAGAAAUUAUUAAGACUGUCUUAGUUAAAGAUUUUGUGCACUUUCAUGACCGUGGUACGUACUUUGAUGAAAAGGGUGAUCCAUUGUCUGCCCACUUAUUUAUGCUCACAGGGUUAAAAUGGAAGAAUCUACGAGCAAAACUAACACCGACUUUCACCUCUGGUAAGAUGAGGAUGAUGUUUCAAAUUCUUGUUGACUGUGGCGAUGAGCUAAGGGCUCACGUAGAUCAUUUCGCUGCUAAUGGCGAAAUGUUGGAAGUCAAAGAUAUCUUGGCGAAAUUCAGUACUGACAUCAUAGCAUCAUUUGCUUUUGGUGUGCAGUGCAAUUGCCUCAAUAAUCCAGAUGCUGAAUUUAGAAAAUGGGGUAGAAGAAUUUUCGAUUCUUCAGUAAAGACUGGAAUUAGAGAUAUUGUGAUGUUUGUGGAGCCAACAGUGGCUUCCAUUUUAAAAAUACCCUUUGUUCCUCAAGACGUUACCCACUACUUUAAAAAAAUGGUUAAAGAAACAGUUGAAUAUCGAGAGAAUAACAAUGUGACGAGAAAUGAUUUUAUGCAGCUUUUGAUCCAAUUAAAGAACAAAGGAAGUAUUGAUACGGAGAAACAAAUGAAUGGCACCACAAAACCAGACAAAGGCAAAGAUAUUGGCCUGUCAAUGAACGAAGUUGCUGCACAGGCUUUUGUAUUUUUUGUUGCUGGAUUUGAAACGUCGUCUACCACCAUGAGUUUCUGCUUGUAUGAGCUUGCACUGAAUCCACAUAUUCAAGAACGAGUUCAGAAAGAAAUAGACGCAGUCUUAAAGAAAUACGAAAAUAAAAUCACUUAUGAAGCCAUUCAGGAAAUGGAAUACUUGGACAAUACAAUCUCCGAAACUCUAAGAAUGUACCCGCCAGUGCCAUUUCUCACACGAGAAUGCACGAAGAAAUACACAGUUCCAGGAUCAAAUGUUACUCUGGAAGAAGGGACGUCAGUUCUCAUUUCUGUCAUGGGAAUCCACAAGGAUCCGAAAUAUUAUCCCGAUCCUGAAAAAUUUAAUCCUGAUCGCUUCAUUGAAGAAGUUAAGAAGAAGAGACAUCAUUUCACGUACUUGCCUUUUGGAGAAGGACCAAGAAUUUGUAUCGGAAUGCGUUUCGCGCUACUGCAAACCAAGGUUGGUCUUGCGUCACUCUUGUCCAAACACAGUUUCCACGUGUGCAAGAAAACGCCUAUACCUCUAAAACUCGAUCCAAGGACCAUCAUAACAUCAGCUGCUGGUGGCAUGUGGCUCAAGAUUGUAAAACGGAUUAAUAUUCUGUCUUUAUCAGAAGUUGCAUUUUAUCUUAUCACAGUGUAUGGUUGGUCUUCAAACAUGGGUUUUUUCUUUGAAACCCUGUUGCUGGACGUGGCUGUUCUGGUAGCAUGUGUCACCGCUGUGGUAUAUCUUUACUGCAGAUCGUCUUUCACAUACUGGAAGAAACGAAAUGCACCUUACAUCAAACCAGUUUUCCCAUUCGGAAAUUUCAAAGAUAUGAUAUUUCUUAGGAAAUCGAUUGGAUGUCUAUUUAGAGAUAUGUAUUUUAAGCUUGACGGCGAGAAAUAUGGUGGGAUGUUUACGUUAACAACACCUGGAUUCAUCUUUCGUGAUCCAGAUAUUAUUAAAAAUGUUCUUGUUAAGGAUUUCUCUAGUUUCCAUGACCGUGGCUUCUACACCGAUGAAAAACUUGAACCAUUAUCUGGUCACUUGUUCCUUCUAAAUGGAAGCAGAUGGAGAAAUCUUCGAAUCAAAUUAUCGCCAACAUUCACUUCUGGAAAAAUGAAAAUGAUGUUCCAAACUUUGGUUGAUUGCGGACAUGAACUUGGAUCUAUUCUAGAAGAAACUGCUAAUAAUGAAGAUACUAUUGAAAUCAGAGAUGUCUUAGCGAGGUACAGCACGGAUGUAAUAUCAUCUUGCGCAUUUGGUAUCCAGUGUAAUUGUCUUAAGAAUCCAGACGCUGAAUUUCGUCAAUGGGGAAGGAAAAUAUUUACACCGUCGAUAAAACUAGCAAUGUUAUCAAUUGCUAGAGCAUUUGCUCCCGAAUUAUUUGCUGCCUUCAAAUUUAGAACUCUAGAUUCCAAAAUCGAGAAGUAUUUUACAGAUAUGGUUCAAGACACUGUAAACUACAGGGAAAAGAACGACUUUAAACGCAAUGAUUUCAUGCAAUUGCUUAUUCAGAUGAGAAACAAUGGUAAAGUUGAAGAAGGAAAUGAGGAAUCUGAACAGAAUGGCCAUGAAAUUACGGAGGAUAAAUCUGGCGAAAAUGGUCUUUCGAUGGAGUCCCUGGGUGCUCAAGCUUUCGUAUUUUUCAUUGCCGGUUUCGAGACGUCGUCAACAACCAUGCAAUUCUGUAUGUACGAGCUAUCGUUGAACCAGGACAUACAGACGCGUGUCCGGGAAGAGAUAGAUGUUGUGUUACAGAAACACGAAGGCAAGAUUACAUACGACUCUGUCCAAGAGAUGGAAUAUUUGGACAAAGUUGUUGCAGAAACUCUUCGCAAAUAUCCACCAGUUCCGAUCCUAAACCGUGAAUGUACCAAGACGUACAAGAUUCCAGACUCUGAUAUUAUAAUUGAGAAGGGAAUCAAAACAAUCAUACCUGUCUUGGGACUCCAUUACGACCCGAAAUAUUACCCGGACCCAGACAGGUUCGACCCUGAGAGGUUCAGUGAACAAGAGAAGGCGAAGAGGCACAACUAUGUUUAUUUGCCUUUCGGAGAGGGCCCAAGGAUAUGUAUUGGAAUGCGGUUUGGACUUAUGCAGACCAAAGUGGGACUUAUCUCUCUGCUGUCUAAAUACCAGUUCAAUGUCAGCAAGAAGACACAGAUCCCAUUGGUGUUAGAGACUAAAUCAUUUAUCAUGUCGCCUGUAGGUGGAAUGUGGCUUCAGAUUAAAAAGCGUGUUAAUUAAACACAAAGUGCCACAUAUCAUCUGGCUUUCCAUUUCCCAUGUAAGUUAAAUACACUGUAACAAAUAUAUUCUGAAGGUGGUAUUAAUAUGGCUGUUUUCUGGAAUAUAGCUUAGUGUAAUCUGUUACGUAUUGACUGACGUUUUAGAGGAGAUUCCUGCCUCCAUCAAAAUUAACCUGACACUCGAUUUUUACCCUCUUACGAUCGGCGUAUGAGAAAUGAUGCCUGUAUUGAAGAAACAACAGUAUUUAUUCCAAUAUAAUAUUUACACGUCACAGAAACAUUUUCUACACAAGCUACUCUUUAGUAAUCAAGACAUGGCCAAGUAAGCACUAUAUUUCGUGUGGGGUAAUUGUUAAAUCAUUACCAAAUAUUAGAUUCUAAGUCUGUAUUUAAUUUGUUAUUUUGAUUUUUGUGGGGUUAAGUCUACUAUAAACCCAUAUAUCAAUAUUUCUUAACAUGAUGUUUUUCACGAGUCUGGCCUUGUUUUCGGCUGUCAUUAUUUACUGUGUGUAAUUCUGUAAUUUUGUUUUGUCGUACGUGGACCAGUACUUGAUCUCCACUUUUCCGUCUUAUAGUAAGCUUUUUAACUUUCACAUACGGUUUGUUCACUGACAAAGUUUAACGUAAUUGUCACUUCACGGCUUCCGGUAAGAAAUUUUAUAAUGGAAAUUUGUUGGUAUUGUGUUCAAGGACCAAUAUUUGACUCUUAAUCACAAUCAUCAUGACACUUUCUUCCUACCAGCAUUCUGAAUAUCUUCACCUGAAUGAUUUUCCAAUGUUUAUAUUCUUAUUCAUUUGGCUUAAAUUUGUACAUUUAUGGCUUUAUAACCUUAGCCAGAAUUGUUACAUAAUAUUUAUCGAUUUACAUUAUUAUCUGUAUAUUGUGCUUCAUGAAAAAUAAACUUUUAAUUUAUUUUA